AUGCACAAUCUGCCAAUUGUCAGAGAACAUCUCCCACGCUCGGUGGAGACACCGUCAGCGAAGAAUCAUCGCGAAGCUUUUGGUAUUGAGUACGACCUACCUUUAGCGGAUAAGGAGAAGGCAGACUACAUUCUGAUGCGUCCUUUCUCGAGCCGUCCCCCGGAAGAGCUAGAAUCGCAGUUGACGGCGGGUAGUCUGCGCGGUCCGCAUAUGUUUGCCGUCAACCCGCUUGUCUUUUCCAAAACGAAGCAAGGUGUCCAUACUGGUGGAGGUGAAAUGGGCGAUGGUCUUGCUAUCAUCCAUGUUGGUAAGAACCUUAGUGGGUACGAGGGUGUGGUUCAUGGCGGUUUGAUCGCGACCAUGUUCGACGAGGCUUUGGCACGCUCGGCCUUUUAUGGUCUACCGAACUCGAUUGGUGUUACCGGCAAGCUAGAGGUUCGUUACCGCAGCCCUGCUAAGGCGGACCGUUUUUAUGCGAUCGAGACGACGAUUACUGAGCGCCUGGGUCGUAAGUGCUUCGUGACUGGCGCGCUCAUUGAUCCUAAUACGCGAAAAGUGUAUGCAGAAGCCAGCGCCGUUUUCAUUGAGCCACGAUGGGCUAAAUACGCGAAAUGGGUAGGUGGCGUAAAUGUCCAGAAAGUGAUGGAGUCCUAA